AUGUCGCAGCAGCCGCCGCUGCAGCAGCAUGGGCAGCACCAGCAGCAGCAGGUGGUGGGGGGCGUCUCGGUCGCCGCGGGCGGCGGGCUCGGCGCCGGUGCUGCGCAGCACGCGCCCGCGCCCGCGCCGGCGCUCGCGCCGCCGGCGCUGACGCGCGCCCAGGUCGAGGCGCUGUCCCACUCUCGCGGCGCCGGCGCCGGCGCGGCGGCGGGUUUUGCGUCGCAUCUGCUGCAGCAGCAGCAGCCGCAGGUGGCUCAGCAGCACGGGCAGCAGGGGCCGCUGUCGCUGCCGGCGUCGCUUCCUUACUCGCUGGGCCUGGCGGGCCACCAGCUGCUUGCCGGCGCCGCCGGCGCGGCCGGCGCCCCAAGCGCGUCCGCGUCCGCACCGGUGCCCGGCCAGCAGCUGCAGCUCAGCACGUACGCCGCGGCGGCGCCGCAGGACCCGCGGCCCGCCGCGGCGGCCGCAGCCUACGACCAGCCGACGCUCGGCGCGGGCCUGGCCGUAAGCGCGAGCGCGGGGUUCCCUGCCUCCCAGCCUCAGUCGGUGGCGGCGCUGGCGGCCGCGGCGGCCGCGGCGGCCGCGGCGACGGCCCCUCCCGCACCUGCGCCUGUGGCGGCGCCUGCGGCGCCUCAGAUCAUGAUAGGGUCUGACGGCGUCCAGUACAUGGUGGUGCCGGUUGCCGCAGUGGCGGCAGCGGCGGCGUCGAUGGCGGGCGGGCAGAUGCUGCAGCAGCAGCAGGGGCAGGGGCAGGGCCAGGGGGUGCAGCAAGCCCAGCAAGCUCAGCAGCAGCCGCAGCAGCAGCAGGUUGCCCCUCCACAGCAGCAGUGGCAGCAACAGCCUCAACCUCAGCCUCAGCCUCAAUCUCAGCCUCAGCCUCAGCAGCAAUGGCAGCAGCAGCAGCAGCAGCAGCAGCAGCAGCAGCAGCAGCAGCAGCAGCAGCAGCAGCAGCAGCCGUGGCACCAACAACAGCAGCCUGUUGCUCAGCAGCCGCAGCCGCAGCCGCUGUUGCAGCCACCGCCACCGCAGCAGCCGCGGUCCCAGCAGCAGGCUGGCGGCGCUGCGCCAGCGCCGGCGCCGGCGCCGGCGCCCGCGCCUUCAACCGACGCGGGCGCCGCCUCCUCCUACGUGCUCCCUGGCCUUGCAUCCGCGAAGCCCUUCUCAGGACCUGCGCAGGCUCCUAAGCAUGUGCCGUCAGAUGCUAUCGCCAAGUCGCAGCCCGCGGCCGUCCUGCACGGCCGGGUGCAGCAGGCGCAGCAGGCGUCACAGCCGCCGGGUGGGGCGGCGCACGCGCCGGACCCUUAUGCUGUGUACCGGGCAGGGGGCGGGGCGCGCCAGCAAGAGCAACUUCCGCAGCAGCAGCAGCAGCAGCAGCAGCAGCAGCAGCAGCAGCAGCAGCAGCAGCAGCAGCUGCAGCAGCUGCAGCAGCAGCAGGCGGCACAGCAGCAGCUGCUUGCGCAGCAGCAGCAGCAGCAGCAGCAGCAGCUGCUGGCACAACAGCAGCAGCCCUGGCGGCAGCAGCAGCAAGAGCAGCAGCCGUGGCAUGAGCAGCAGCAGCAGCAGCAGCAGCAGCAGCAGGCGCAGCAGCAGCUGCUGCAGCAGCAACAGCAGCAGCUGCAGGUCCCGCAGCAGGUCCAACAACAGCAGCAACAGCUGCCGCAGCAGCGGCCGCAGCCUGCAAGCGCCCAGCUUGCAGGUGCCGGCCAGCCGUCAGACCCGCGGCGCAACCGCGCAACCCUGGCCGGCGCGCCCGCCCCGGCCGCCAGCGGCCAGCCGCCCCAAGUCCCCGCCUCGUCAGCCCCGCAGCAGCCGCAGCCCGAGGUGGCGUCGCAGGCAGCACCUCAGCAGUACAGCUACCCAGCGCCUUCCGCGCCGAGCGCAGCUGCCGCCGCGCAGCAGCCGCUGCAGCAACAGCCGCUGCAGCAGCAGCCGCUGCAGCAACAGCAGCAGCAGGGGCCAGGGCAGCAGCAGCAGGCCGUGCCGGCGGCGGCGGCGGCGGCGGCGGCGCCAGGCGCGGUGCAAGCCAUGCUCGCCGACCCCCUGUACCGCUCUCACCACGCCCAGUUUGCCGAGUGGAUGGCAUACCAUCAGAAUGCGGCUGCCGCCGCUGGCCAGCCCGUGCUGCCCGAUGAGCAGUACUGGCUGCAGUACCGCCCCUGGCUUGAGGAGCAGCUGCGCACCAGCGCGCAGCAGCCGCAGCAGCAGCAGCAGCAGCAGCAGCAGCAGCAGCAGCAGCAGCAGCAGCAGCAGCCAGGCCUUGCGGGCGUGCAGCCCGGCGCGGGCGGGCAGCCUGCGUACCCCGGACAGUUCCCUGGCACCGCGCCGCCGUUUGCCGGCGCGCCGCCGCCGAUGGGAAUGGGGCCGGAGCAGUACAUGCACUGGCAGCAGCAGCAGAUGCAGAUGGCCAUGCAGCAACAGCAGCAGCAGUACAUGCAGUACUUGCAGCAGAUGCAGCAGAUGCAGGGGCACCCAGCGAUGCACGGUGGGGGGCCGCCCAUGAUGCCCCCGCCAUACUGA